GCGAGGGCGUGACACGGUGGAAGGCGGGGCCACACGCGCAAGUCUCGCGAUCAGCCGAGAAGGACAGAGGGAGCGGAAAAUGGCCCGUUGCGGGCUCGACAGUCCUUUGAGCGUGGUGCCCUGGGCUGCAGCCCUACUCCUCGUUCUGAGCGUGGAAAGGGCUUUGGCGCUACCCGAGAUAUGCAUCCAGUGUCCAGGGAGUGUGCAAAAUUUGUCAGAAGUGGCUCUUUAUUGUAACCAGACACCAGGGCUAAUGAUGCACGCCCGCUGCUGCCUGAAUUGGAAGGGCACCAUCAUGGGGCUGGAUCUCCAGAACUGCUCUCUGAAGGACCCUGGUCCAUACUUUCCUCAGGCACAUACUGCUAUCAUCAUAGACCUGCAGGCAAACUCCCUCCAGGGUGACUUGGCCAACACCUUCCGUGGCUUUACCCAGCUCCAGACUUUGAUACUGCCACAAGAUGUCAACUGUCCUGGAGGUAUUAAUGCUUGGGAUACUGUCACUUUUUAUAUAAACAGCCAAACCUGCCAAGAACAAAGGAACCUUUGCAACAGCACUGGGGACCCAGAAAUGUGUCCUGAGAAUGGAUCUUGUGCACCUGAUGGUCCAGGUCUCUUUCAGUGUGUUUGUGCUGAAGGCUUCCAUGGCUACAAGUGUAUGCGCCAGGGCUCCUUCUCACUGCUCAUGUUCUUUGGUAUUCUGGGAUCCACCACAUUAUCCAUCUCCACCCUCCUUUGGGGGACUCAGCGCCGAAAAGCCAAGGCUUCAUGAACCACAUAGGUCUUCCUACUGACUAAAGAUCAUCCCCAUCUUAGUCCAGCCAGGGAGAUUUGCUUCCUAGACAUCAUUGGUCAGCGGAUCCUCCCUCCCAAGGCAGAGGCCGCCGUCGCAAGGAGGAUGGAAAUUUGCACAGCCCUGGGUGUUGUAGUAGACCCAGCCCAGGAGUGGACUAGUACCGGUUCCCAUUUGUGCUGUUGACCAUAAUAAACAGUUUUUCUUUUUUUCUUC